AUGAAAUCAACUUUUACAAGGUCAGCUCAAAGAAGUCUAGAGGAGCAACCAGUGAGUUCUUAAUUCAAAGCAUCCUCUCAGCUACAUGCUGCUCUCCUUAGUGAGUAUAAACGCCCUGAAAAUUCGUCUAUGCCCAAAGUCACACUCACAUCCACAGGCAAAGAAGCUGUCAGAUAAGCAAGACUCGAAAAAGAAAUUUAAAAGUUUGAAUAUACUUUGUAAUCUGAAGUUGCUUCAUUACCUAAACAUCCUGCACCUAUAUACAGAGAAUAAACUAAAUUGCUUAUUGAAAGACAAAAGGAUAGCAGAAGAGAUAAACACCUGAAGUUUUGCGAUGAAUUUGAAAAGUGGGUCAAUCGUCUUAAUAAAAAUUUAGAAGAGGCAUAUAAAGAUAUUAAAAGAGAUAUUACAGAUUUCUUUUCUGAAUCAGAUCAAUAGAUUACUAAUUAUUAUUAAACACUUACUGAUGAGGCCUUGCUCAAAAGGGAAAUUGACUUUGUGGAAAGUAUCCAUUCAACUGUCAAUGCACAUAGAGAAAAAAGAGAAACCAAAGUCAAUGCACUUGAUAAAAGAUUAGAAGAUUUAGAGAAAGAGAGAUUUAGAUCCUUAGAACUAUUCUGUAACAGAUUCUAAGAAGGUCUAAUUGAUGUGGCAUUUCAAUUAGAACCUGAAAUAACUGCGCAUGUGGAUACUUUCAGAGAAGAGUUUCGAAAGGUUGUGGCAGAGAAGAGAGCAGAGAAUUAAGUCUAUGUUCAAGAGGUCAAUAGACAACAUCAAGAGACAUUCAAAUUGUAUGACGAGACACAAAUUUAGAAAGAAUAACGGUGGAGAGAUUUAAAACAUUAGCAUUACAUCGAAGAGUUUAAUGUUGAUAUAUAGAAAUUAGAAUAUGUCUAUCCCGAUGAAAGAACAUAGUUGUAUGAUAAAUUUAGGAAAACAUAAAAGGAUAUAUUUAGAGAAAGAAAAUAACUACUAGAGAAGCUAAAUUCUAUUGAAUUGGCUGCUUUGACAAAGUCAAUAGUUGAAAAGUGGAUAGAUGAAACUAAAUCAUACAAUGAAUUAGCAUCAUAAACAAUAGAUGUUUGUUGUAAUAAUUUACUAGAAGAGACUAAAAAGACACAUGCUCAUUGUAUGUAAAGAUUUGAAUUAAUCAAAACAUAAUUAUUGUAUGCUAGGGCUAAAUCAGAAGAAGAAUUAAAUCAAUUAUUAGAUGAAUAAUUCUUACCAUAAGUCAAUUGUUUAAAUCAAUCUGCUAGAGAUUUGAUGAAAUAAGCAAUUAAUUACUAUGAGAGAAUUGAUUAAUAAUAAACUGAUAUAAUAACGAAUUUUGGUUAAUUCUUCAUGAAAAUAGCAUAGAAGAAUGAUGAAUACAAAACUGAAAUGCAGUUAUUAAUGCAUAAUUACGAAAUCCAGAAAGCAUAAGCAGCAGAUAAAAAUGAUGAAGUCUUAGAGGAACUUACAAAAAAGUUAAAAGAAGAUAAGUAGAAAUUAACUGAAGCAUUACAUCACCCUCGUUUGGAAGAAUGCUUAGCCUAAUGCUACAAGGAUUUGGAUUUAUUUGGAGAAGAAUAUGAGAGAUUUCAUUAAGAUAAUUUGGCGAUUGCCAAUCAACAUCCAAACAUAAUAAGAAAUAAACAUUAGUUGUUUGAAAAAUCAGUGUUAAGCAUCUUUGAACUAGUUGAUCCACAAAAGGAAUAAUUCUUAUAAGAGAAAUACAGAAGGAUAGCCGAAAUCAAAAUAAAAUACUUAAUUGCAAAGGAAGAAUACAAUAAAAAAAUAGAAGAAGAGAAGUUAAUCGAAGAAGCCAAAAAUAAAAAAGGAGGAAAGCCUCCUGCCACAAAGCCUAAAGACCCAAAAAAAUUUUAAUAAGAAUUAGAAGAUAGAAUGAAGUAAUUACUAAAGGAAUAACCACCCUAAGAGGUAGCGAAAUAUCAAAGUCCACUUGAUUAGUAAUUUGUGUAAUUUAGAUCUACUAAUGAAAUUGCAGAACGUAUGUACAUUCCACCUGAUGAAAUGGAACAAGUAGUAGCUAAAGAAAAAUCAGAAACUGAUGAAAUUGAAUCAUAUUUAUAAUAGCAGAAUGCCCCAAAAGAUCCUAAAGCAAAACCUGCAGCUCCUCCUCCUAUUGAGUUACCUAAUUAUGCUCCAGAGGAAGAUGUUCCUAAAAAAUCAGUGGAUUUUGCUGAACCACCUCCUAUUAAUGUGUUGAAUUAGGCUGUUUUAGAGAAGGAUGCAAUAAUAACAAUUGAAUAUUUGUCAUCAUUAUUGAAUCAAACAAAAUAGAAAUUGUUUGAUUAUAUAACAAGUUGUCUUAACUUCUAAAAUCAACAAGCUAAUGUAAGUGAUCAUGAAUUUAUCAAAUAAUCAGAAAAACAGAGGAAUGAAAGGUAGGCUUAAAUAGAUCCUUAAAAACAAGAAAUCAAAAAUACUAUCUAUGUUUUAAGAAGCCAAUAAAUUACUAUGCAUAAAAAAAGAUAUGAACGAUAUGCAAAGUAAUUAGUAGAAAGGAUUGAUGAUCAAACAGAAUAGAUUAAUUUCUUAUUAGAAGGUGGAUUAUUAGAUAUGAAAGAUUACAUUCAAGAAUAGUAAACACUCAAAAACAAUCUACAAACAGCAACUACUUUAGCCAAAUUACAAGGAAUUUAAAAUACUGUUAAAGAGAACUAUUUCAAGUUUGGAGAAAAAAUUAAUGAUUUGGAAUAAAAAUUAAGUUAUUUGGCAAAUUAAGAAUUGGACGUCUUGUUGCAAAAAAACAAAGAUUUUAUGAGAGAUUGCAAACCAAAUGAAUAUUUUAAAGAAGAAUUAGAAUGGUAUCAAUAAAUGAUGGAUGAACAUAAUGCUACAAUAGUUAAGCAUAAGGAGAAGAGAACAUAAAGAUUAGAAGAAAUUAAGAAAGUGUUGACGGCAAAAAGAUAAGAAUAACUGGAUAAAUUUGAAUAAGAAUACAUAAUAGCUGUUGAAGAUUUAGCAGCAAAGGAUGGAACUGGAAAGAAGUAUGGAAGACCUAAAAGAAUAGCAUAAGAAAAAUUAAGAACAGAGAUGACUAAAUGUGAAAAAGCAUAAGAAUGCAUUAAUUUUAAAAUAUAAGAAUUGAAGGACCAUUAUGAUUUAUUCAAAAAAAAAUAAGGUGAUUAUUUUGCUAAUCUUGAACCCUCAUUUUCUAUUAAAGUAAGAAAAAUAUUGAGUGGAACAUUGGUUUGUAUCAAAAGAUAUGCAGCUCAUAUUGAAGCACUUAAACCAGAUAAUAAAGUCGUAGAUAUGCCAAGAACAACUUGGAAGGAAAAUAAGUUUGAUACUAUUUUAGAGAAUGAAGAAUAAUAAGACGGAUAAAAAGAUGAUCGAAAAUGA